UUAGAAGUAAAUCUCGCGAUGUUGGUGCCUAAAAUUAAGGUACCUUGGGAAAGACGGGGUUCAGCUCUCACACGCCGGGAUUUAUAUGAUGUCCUCUCUUCUACUAGAUAUAAAGAUGUAGCUGAAAAGGUCUAUGCAUCCAGCGAUUCCAGUGACCCCGAGGUCUCGAUUCCAACCGGCGCUCUCUUACGAGCUUUGGAGUUUGGUAAGAUCUUGGAUAAGCGCGUUAAAGUGUCAAUCAUCGGUCCAGACCGAGUUGGUAAGACAAGCCUCGGGAAAUCUCUGAGAGGCGAGCCUUUUAAUCCCGAGGAACCAAGUACCGAUGGGGUGCAGAUGAGUCUUCCUGUGAAGAACGCUGGUACAGAGCCGUGGAAGAAUUUAGAUUCACAUCAGCACACUACUGCGUUUGAUCACAAAUGUGCCGAAAUGAUCGUCAAAGAAAAACAAGCAACAGAGCAACAGCCGCCUUCUGAAGCGAAAAAGGAUGACCAAGAGAUUGACGGCGAGGAAGAAGCCCCUCAGGUUGAUACUCCAGUACCCGUGAUCCUCGGAGAGGAUCUAAUAAAAAGCCGUUCCAAAGAGAUUGCUGCGCUUAUGGAGGACGGGGGUAACGGAAGUGAAGAGGUGUGGCCUGUAAUAUGGGAUUUUGCCGGCCAAGCUGUUUAUCAUGCCAUUCAUCCAUUGUUUAUGUCACCAGAGGCAAUCUAUCUUCUGGUUGUUGACCUCACCAAAGAGUUAUCCGACCCUGCGCAGUCAUUUGUCAAAGUGGGUGGCCAUGAAGAAGAAAGAGCGUCGUCAACUGAGAGUGGAAACACAAAAUUGGAUAUUCUUACACAGUGGUUGACCUUGGUGCAUUACUUAAAGCAAUCAGGUGGGAAUAGCACCGUCAGGUCUGUUAUACUUGUGGGAACAAAGGCCGAUAUGGUAGAAGGUGAUCCUUGCGACAAGAUGAAAUCGUUUGUGGAAAACAUCUCAGAAACUGUCCCUGAAGUUCUCCUAAAACAUAUUGCCGUAGCAGAUGAAAACUUUGUUGUGGACAAUAGUAAAGCUGAUACUUUGUCCGAUCAAAAAAGCCAACCAAUCGUGAAAUUAAGGGAUUUUAUAUUAAAGACAGCCAAAGAAAUGCCUCAUACAAAGGAGCCAAUCCCUCUGCAGUGGCUCUCUGCAGAGCUCAAAGUUCAAGAAAAGGUUAGGCAGAAUGAGCCAUAUGUCCCCAAAAGCAAAUUCAGACGCGACAUCGCUGAGAAAUGUUGUACGCGGAGUGAAGAUGAUGACGUGGAAGGACUUCUUUGCUUCCUGAGUGCUCGCGGUGCAGUAAUAUAUCAUGCUCUUCCAGAUGAUCCCGAUGGAUUAGUAGUGCUGGAUCCAAAAUGGCUCAUUGAAACAAUUAACAAGAUAAUCACAGCCAGACCAAGCUGGACGUAUCCACUCGAGUAUAAGCGCCGUUACGACAGAUUGAAAAAUACAGGAAUUCUCUGUAAUGAGUUGAUAGAUUUUGCCUGUAAGAAACUGAACAUAGUUGAAAUUAAAAACAACUUAAUUUUGAUAAUGAAGGAGUUCCAUUUGAUAUUUGAAUGGAAAUCUAAAAAUGCAGACUUGAUUUAUUUUGUUCCAUGUAUGCUAUCUCAGAAUACAGAAGCUAAUUUGAACACAGGUCCCACACCCCUGUGCCUCAGCUUUUCAGAGACGGGUUAUCUUCCUUGUGGUUUUUUCCCAAGAUUGGUCGUCCGAUUUGGAGAAUGGGCAUCAGAAAAGUGCAGUGCAAGGCAACCCAACCUUCGCUCCGAUGUCGCCUUGUUCUUUGUAGGCGAAAAGUUUAGUGUUCGACUUGUCCGCCAUUCAAGCCUCAUAAAAGUGUCCUUUUCUUCCGAAGAUGCUUCUGAUCAGGUUGACGAGGAUAAAUUUCGUGUGAAGAUAUUGAGGCGUCUGAAGAAAUGCGUGAAAAAACUGCGGAUAGAAUGCCUUUGGUUGCGCGCAAUUCCUUUCAAGCUGUACGCUAGAUGUGAAUUGUGCCCAACUACUGGGGACGAAACAUGUAAACGGCACAGAAAACAGGAAUGCAGCCAUGACGAUUGUGCAGACUACAUUGAUUUGGAGACGAAACCUCUUGUUUGCAAGAGGAAAGGCUGUCGGUUACCACCUCACUUGAAGGAGAAAUAUAUUCCAUGGAUUGAGGCAAUCGAUGCGCUUUACCCGAAAGAAAAAACCGGUUCUACCAAUGAAAGCCAAGAGUCAUCUGCGAAGCGGAAGGGAACAUUUCCUUCAUGUUCAACAAUCAAAAGGUCCAAAAGGUCCAAGGAUGCCAGUGGAACGAUGGAAACUGCUGAAGGUCACGAAGCUUCUACUUCUGGUGAGGCUCAGCAAACUCUUUGCACGCAGCCUCGAGAUAGCAAAGAUAUUGAUGUACAGCUGUCGAGUCUGACGCUGGAGCAGAGGUGUCUAGCACAAGGUUCAGACCUUCCAUCAAAUAGCUUCGACUUGACCACCGUCAUGUGACCACCGCAGUUGUACCCCUUCCCGAUCGUGUUGUGGAAUCCGUUUUGACACCAUCAUGCGAUGCCGAAAAGAUUGUUCUUCAACUAAAAGAAAA